UCGGUCGCUAAAUCUAUUUUUUUCUUUCUUGUGUAGCAUUCUUUCUCCAUGUCUACGUCGACCACGGCGAUGACCGCCCCGCGCCCGCAACCGCUCUCCGUCUCGCCCGGCCAGUCUACCCGUCCUAACAACCACUUUCCUGACCUGCUCGGCACGCCUCCGAUUCCUCCUCCAAGGACCUCGUCUACUCACCGCAGUCAAUAUAGUCCAAAUUCCAGCUCGCGGCCCUCCAAAAGCAGCAGACGCGAGGAGAAGCAGCAGCAGCAGCAGCAACAACAACAACCCCGGGACAAGACCAUCGAAGCAAGAGACACCAACAGUCAUGACCGUUCGCAACGCUCCAAUCCCCGGACCUCGCCAGAACAAGAACAGGGUGUAAGGUCUGGCAGCGCAAAGGGUGCCUCGGGCCAGAUGACCCCUGUCUCCGUCGGUCAGUCCCGCUCGGACGUCGGCCUGGAAGCCGCCGCCUUGAUCAAGGAGUCGAGUGCCAUCAUCAAUCAGAUGCUCGUCAGUGAGCCCGUCGUCGAUAUCGAGCGCGAACACGCACGCCAGGCCAGUGCGCGAGGGUCGUCACCCCCGUCUGCGGUCGACACCGAUCCCGCCGCCGCCUCCUCAUCCUCCCCUCCGCCUCCUCCUCCCACGUCCGGCCUGGCUGUCGUCGGCAGUGAUGGCGUCGACGAUGGGGGCCGCGGCGCUGGGACUCGCAGCGGCGGCCGCAGCAGCAGCCACAGCAAACGCACGGGGACCACUUUUGGCUCCUACAUCCUCGGCCAGACCCUCGGGGAGGGUGAGUUCGGAAAAGUCAAGCUAGGCUGGAAGAAGGACGGUAGCGUGCAGGUGGCCAUCAAGCUUAUCCGGCGCGAGUCUCUCGGCUCCAACCCCGGCCGCCUGCCCAAGAUCUACCGUGAGAUCUCCAUCCUUCGUGACCUCGCCCACCCCAACAUCGUCCGCCUGCACGAGAUGGUCGAGACCGAGCGCCACAUCGGAAUCAUCAUGGAGUACGCCUCGGGCGGCGAGUUGUUUGACCACAUCCUCAACAACCGCUACCUCAAAGACCACGCCGCCCGCCGUCUCUUCGCCCAGCUCGUCUCCGGUGUCGGCUACCUGCACAAGAAGGGCAUCGUCCACCGCGACCUCAAACUUGAGAACCUCCUGCUCGACCGCAAUCGUAAUAUCAUCAUCACCGAUUUUGGUUUCGCCAACACCUUCGACCCCGCCGAUGAGCUCGAGGAGGAAAUCGAGUACAACCUCACAAACAAGGAGUUUGUCAAGCGUAUGCAGCUCGACAAGACCAACAGCCAGGGCCUGCGCCGCGGUGAUCUCAUGCAGACCAGCUGCGGCAGCCCCUGUUACGCUGCCCCGGAGCUCGUCGUCAGCGAUUCCUUGUACACCGGACGCAAGGUUGACGUUUGGAGUUGUGGUGUCAUCCUGUAUGCAAUGCUUGCAGGAUAUCUUCCCUUUGAUGAUGACCCUGCCAAUCCUGAUGGUGACAAUAUUAAUCUACUCUAUAAAUACAUUGUCACCACCCCUUUGACCUUCCCUGAAUAUGUCACCCCCCAUGCCCGUGACCUUCUCCGACGUAUUCUGGUUCCCGAUCCUCGCAAGCGCGCCGAUCUCUUCGAGGUGGCCCGCCAUAGCUGGCUGAGUGAAUAUUCACACGUCGUUUCGCACAUCACUAGCAGCACCACCAAAGUUGCAGACAUUGCCAAUACGACGGUUCCAUCAGAACGCCAAGAUGGCCCCUCUCUUACCCGCAGCGCCUCCGUCCGCGAACCCCCCAAAACAUACCAGAACCCCGUCCCCACAGUCGGCGGCCUUGUUCAUCAGUCGGGCGAUAUCUCUCAAGAUCAGCUGGAAGAGAAGGCCAAGACCUCUCGGGAUGCCAAACGCCGGACCGUCCAGGUGGAAUACGUCGCACCGCAGUCCCAGACCACUCGGGGAGAAACCGUGGGCGCCGGACCCGAAUCCUCGGGGACCUCUCGCGCUCGCGCUGGAUCCGAGAGCCGUGGUAUGGUCGAGAAGCCGCUGGAUUCUGUACCACAGUCUCGGCCUCAUGGCUCUCAUGGCUCUUCUAGAGAAUUCGAUGGCCACGGCUCCGCUGCUACCGGUACCACCGCGGCACCUGCGCCUGGUCAGUUCCCACGCAACACCACCUCCGAUGCCACCGUCCCUGUCACACAAGCCACCCGGCCGACCACAGGAGCCUCGAUGGCGUCCUUCAACACCGGCCGACUGCCUUCUCGAGGAUCGUACGGACAACCCGUGGCGCCUACUGUCGCGGCGACGACGGCACAGGGCCGCCUGGCGCAGCCGAAGAGCAAGCAGUACGUGAUCUCGCCGCCCAUGCCGCAAGACCCGAACCAAUUCGCCUCUAUCGGUCGCCCAAGCACCCAACAGCUGCCGGCCAAGUACAACGCCUCUUCCGACUCGACUACCACGGCAUCGACCGCAACCACUUCUGCCGCCAAGGGGCACAAGCGGUCCAACACCGUGUCGGGCAUCAGUGAGAAGAUCUUUGGUCGGUCGGGCUCAAUCUUUGGCAGUGGGAGUCGUGUGACCCCGAACAACGGCACCGGUAGCGCGCGUGUCAAAGGUAGCAAGCGGUACCCCCCCGUGAGCAUGAAGGAUCCGUUUACAGGGGAAGAGACGCGUUCCUCGAUGGACUCGCGGCGUUCGGUCCAGUAUGGGGCCGGACGCAAGCAGAGCGAGUCUGGUCCGGACCGCCCGCGCCGGUUCUCGCUGCUGCCCCCUUCCUUCUCCCUCAAGGGUUUCUCCUCUAGCCGCUCCCAGACCCCGGAAAGCGACCACGUGACACAACAGCCGCGACCUCUUGAGUCGUCGGUUCGAGGCCCGCCACGUCCAGCCACAGGUCCCGCGCGGACAACCACCCGUGCGCGCGCGACCAGCUACGGGCCCCAGGAUGCGAUGGGGAUGGGGAUGGUAACCGAAGGCCCUAGCGACGAGGUCAUCACCCAGAUGGAGCCGGUCAACUACCAGGCACACAUCGACCAGCAAUUUGCCGUGCUUCACGGCACCUCAACGGAACAGGGCUAUGCCGGCAGUGAGUUUGGUCCUCAGUACUCAAACCAAUCGAGCGCCAACUACUACGACGACUACAACAACAACAACAACAACAACAGUAUGAACAAUAAUAAUAGCAACAGCAACACUAUCGGUCCGUAUGAUUCCAUGGGCCGCCCGUCAAUGCAGGCUACACGCACUGGCGGCAGCAUCAACAACAACAAUAACCGUGGGGCCGUGCUGCAGAAGAACACGCGCAAGUUCGCUGAUGCGUACGAGUAUGAGCGCGAUCCGUCGCACCACUCAGGAAGCUCGGGGGCUGCGCGCAAGGUCAUGGAUUUCUUCCGCCGGCGGGCCAAGUCGCGGGCGGGUGAGGAUCGAUAGGCCGCUUGCUUCUUUGUCAAAUCUACCGACGUCGAUUACCCGGUAAAUCGUGAUACCCAGCGUUUCAUCCGUCAGCGAAGCAUGCAUCUCCAUUUUCUCCGCCCCCAUUUAUUUUUUCUUCUUCUUUUCUUUGCUUUUUCUUCUCUUACUUGAGUUCUAUUAUUUCCUUUGUCAGAAUACAUUUCCUAUGUGGUUCACUGUCUAAAUUUGGC